AGAUGUCCGAUGAGGAUGACUACAAUUCAGACGAAAAUGUGGAGGAUCUUGACGUGAAAAUCGAUUAUAUCGGUGAAAGUAUUGAAAUUGAGCCGGAGAACCCGUACUUCUUAGCGAUUUUUGACGAUUUUAUGAUCUCCACCGACUCAGAAGCACGUUUCCAGAGGCGAGAAAAGUGAUGAUUUGGGAAAAGUCGCCCAAAAGUCGUCGUCGCGUUGAAGCUAAAAAUUGCCGAUUUGAAGCGAGAGCUGCACGGAAUCUCUCCGACCGCCGAAUUUGCACGAUUUCUGAUGAUCCAUCUGCUGAAUCUGGCGCUGAAGACAUUCGGAUCUGAAGACUGAUUUAUCUAAAUUUUUUUAAAAUUUUGUUUUUUCCUGUUUCAUGACUAUUUCUCUCUCGGCUCGGGUCUUUCACUUAAUAUAUUCAUUCCGAUUUUCGAUUUUCUGUGCACUUUUAUUAUUCAAAAAGUUUAUUCCUUAAA